ACGUGUUUCUAAGCUUUCCAGGGAGACUCUUCCUCAAGCCGGAAAAGCAAACCCAAAAGAAUACCGUCUACUUUAUAAAGAAAGAAUAUCAGAACUGGUGGAUGUUUUUCGAAACCACCACAACCUGUUUGAAGGACCAUGAACCAGCUGUGAUCUUGCCCCUGACACUCCCAGUGAACUCAGAACAAAUCAGCAAAUGGCUUUUCACAGGGACAAAGUAUGUUGCUGUGACAUUGUUAUUACUACAGUUUGGCCCAGGACAGUCUAGUCCUGUGAGGGAAUCCACCGACUCCAAAGGUCUGAUGGAAGAGGAAAACCGGAUGGGGGUGGUCUACUUUCACUUCCACCCCUUCUCAACAGACCCAGCAGUGUCUCCCCUCCUAUUUGUGGCCUUCUUGGUGUCGUACUUAGGAAGUCUCAUUGGAAACAUCACCACUGGGCUCACAGUCUGGCGAGAUCACUCCCCCCACACCCCGAUGUACUUCUUCCUCUUCGCACUGGCCGUGCUGGCAAUUGGCUACUCCACCAACAUUGCUCCCCUGACUCUGGCUGACAUCCUUUCCACGGGGCACAUGCUCAUCUCUCUCCCUGGCUGUGGGGCCUACAUGUUCCCCUUCAUUCUUCUUGGAGGGUCUGACUGUGUCUUGCUUGCUGUCAUGGCCUACGACAGGUACAUGGCAAUCUGCCACCCAGUGCGUUACCACAUCAUCAUGAGUUGGUGGCUCUGUGGGCAGAUGACUUUAGGUUCUUUGGGCCUGGGAUUCCUGUUGUCACUGCCUUUGACCAUUCUGAUCUGCCACCUUCCAUUCUGUGGCCGCAAUGAAAUCUUCUGCUUCUUCUGUGACAUGCCUGACGUCAUGCACCUGGCCUGUGUGGACACCCGCAUGCACAAGGCAGCUCUCUAUGCCAUCAGUGUGGCCGCAGUGGCUGUCCCCUUCCUCCUGAUCUGCCUCUCCUAUGGCUACAUCGUGGCCACCAUCCUGAGGAUGAAUUCAGCUGAGGGAAAGUGCCGGGCUUUCUCCACCUGUUCCUCCCACCUCAUCGUGGUUCUCCUGCAGUUUGGAUGUUGCACCCUUAUCUACCUUCACCCCAGCCCCAGUUCCUCUCCAGAAGAGGGCCGGGCAGUGUCUGUUGUCUACACCUUUUUUGCACCAGUGCUGAACCCCUUGAUCUAUAGCAUAAGGAGUCAAGAGGUGACCGAUGUGGGAAGAAGACUUACGGAGAUUCUCGUGAGGAAGCCCUGGAUCGGCCCUGACUACUUAGCCAGCCUCCUCUCUCAUCAUAGUGCUUAG